UCAGUAAGUUUACGAGUCACUCACUUUGUUUCAAACAAAUGAUUGUGUUUCCAUCACUAUCAAUUCUCACACUUUAACCAGUUUAAUAUAAAUAUUGAUUUAGCUGUCAUGGUCUAAUUUGGUCAAGUCUAAAUAAAGGAAAACUAUAUAUUUUUUAAAAGGAUUUAAGAGGGAAAGAAGAAUGGCAGAAUCUUCACUAACAGCAAGAAAAACCAGCAGACGGAGUAUCAACAGUUUACCUCCAUUAAUGUCAUCCUCCAUUAGUUCACUGUUUGAGGAGAUUCAGUGCUCUAUAUGUCUGGACGUGUUCACUGAUCCAGUCAGCACUCCAUGUGGACAAAACUUCUGCAAGAGCUGUCUGAAUAAGUGCUGGGACAACAGCCAGACCUGCAGCUGUCCUUACUGUAAAGAAACAUUCAAGCAAAGACCUGAUCUCAAGAUUAAUACCACACUCAGAGAGCUCAUAGAUCACUGUAAGAAGAAAAGUCCUGAGAAAAAGCAUGAAGUUUUGUGUGACUUCUGUGAGGAAAGAAAGCUGAAAGCCCUGAAGUUGUGUCUGGUGUGUCAGAGCUCUUACUGUGAAACUCACCUGGAGCCUCAUUUGAGAGUGGCAGGUUUGAAGAAACACAAACUGAUGGAUCCUGUGAGUAAUCUGGAGGACUAUAUAUGUCAGAAACAUGAGAGACCUCUGGAUCUGUUCUGUAGAGAUGAUCAGACAUGUGUGUGUUCAGUCUGCUCUGUGAAAGACCACAAGAACCACACCACUGUUCCUAUAGAAGAGGAGAGUCAAGAGAAGAAGACUGAACUGAUGAAAACACAGAAAGACGUGCAGCUGAUGAUCCAGAACAGAAUCAAGAAGAUUCAAGACAUCAAACACUCAGCAGAAGUCAGAAAAGGAUUUUAUACUGAACUGCUGGAGAUGAUGGAGGAGCAGCAGAAAGCAGCAGAGAAACAGGAGCAAGUGCUGAUUGAAGAGCUGGAGCAGGAGAUCACUGAGCUAAAGAUGAGAAACACUGAGCUGGAGCAGCUCUCACACACUGAAGAUCACCUCCUCGUCCUACAGAUUCAUUCAUUCCUACGCAGAAACACCAGGAACUGGCCUGAGAUCAGUAUGAAGACUCAUGAGAGUCUGGAGACUCUGAGGAGAGCUCUGACUGAACUGAAGGACACUAUAGAUGAGAAACUCACACUAACUGUCUCUACAGAGCUGAAGUGGAUGCAGCAGUAUGCAGUGGAUGUGACUCUGGAUCCUGAUACAGCUCAUCCUGAACUCCUUCUGUCUGAUGAUGGAAAACAAGUGAGACAUGGAGACAUUAGACAGAAACUUCCGGACACACCAGAGAGAUUUGAUACAGGACACUGUGUCUUGGGAAAGGAGGGAUUCUCCUCAGGGAGAUUUUAUUUUGAGGUGCAGGUGAAGGGAAAGACUAAAUGGACUUUAGGAGUGGCCAGAGAAUCCAUUAACAGGAAGGGAGAGAUCACACUGAGACCCAGUAAUGGAUACUGGACUGUGUGGCUGAGGAAUGAAGAUGAAUAUAAAGCCUUUGCUAGUCCUCUUGUUUCUCUGUCUCUGAGAGUGAAGCCACAGCGGGUCGGUGUGUUUGUGGAUUAUGAGGAGGGUCUGGUCUCCUUUUAUGAUGUGGAGUCCUGCUCUCAUAUCUACUCUUUCACUGCUCAGUCUUUCACUGAAAAUCUCUAUCCAUAUUUUAACCCAUGCCUUAAUGAUGGAGGUGAAAACUCAAGCCCACUGAUCAUCACACCUGUCAUUUAUAAUAAAUGAAUUUAAUACAAGAUUAAAUUAAUGAAUUUUAUCAUUAAAAAUCUGGAAACAUUACGUGCUGCUAUUUUAUUUUUAUUUAUUUUUUUCAGUUUUUAAAAUUUAAAUGAUCUUAUUACAUAUUUUUAAUGUAAAUAUAAUGCUUGUUCAGUAAAUGUUUUUUUGGUCAACUUUUUCUAUCUGACAAAGUGAAAUUGCCCAAAAAAAACAAAAAAAACCUAUGAUAACCUUAAUAAAUGUCUGUAGAAUUGAGAUGCGCUGUGAUCGUUCUGUUAUAAGGAGUGAGACAGCAGCACGCAAUGCACAAUAAAUAUCACAUAACAUCACGAACGAAUGUCAUAACCCAAACAUUUAUUUCAUAUUAUUAUACACAACAUUUUCAUAUUAUUCUAUAGCUUUUGUUUACCACGUGUAAAUUUGAAAAUAAUUAGGACAUAUUCUUUGCAAAUGUCAUUUUUUUUUUUUAUAUGCCAAUAAAAUGUAUGACAGGCUU